AUGGAGUUCAAGUACUCGGAAGUCGUCGAUCCCUCGACAUAUCACACUGAGGGUCUUUGUGACGGCAUUGAUGUCCGCAGGAACAAGUACUCUUUUCUUGAGGACAGAGGUGCCAUUCGAGCUCAUGAGGACUGGAAUAAGCACGUCGCCCCUUGCCGUGAGUACCGCGGAACCCUUGGACCGCGGUUCAGCUUUAUCUCGGUCGCGGUACCAGAUUGCAUACCUGAGAGACUAGAGGUCAUCUCCUACGCGAAUGAGUUCGCAUUUCUUCACGAUGAUGUCACCGACCAUGUUUCCCAUGACACGGGUGAGGUUGAGAACAAUGAGAUGAUGACAGCCUUCCUCGAGGCUGCCAAUAACGGCACCAUCGACACUUCAACCCUCGACACACGGCGAGAAGGGAAGAAGCGGAUUCAGUCGCAGCUAUUCCUCGAAAUGCUCGCCAUUGAUCCCAAAUGUGCAAAGACCACCAUGAAAUCAUGGGCACGGUUCGUAGAGGUCGGGUCCAGCCGCCAACAUGAGACACGCUUUGUCGAGCUCGCCAAGUACAUACCAUACCGUAUCAUGGACGUGGGAGAGAUGUUCUGGUUUGGGCUUGUAACCUUCGGAUUGGGUCUUCAUAUACCCGAUCAUGAGCUCGAUCUCUGUCGUGAGCUGAUGUCACAUGCGUGGAUUGCUGUGGGACUUCAGAACGACAUCUGGUCCUGGCCGAAGGAGCGAGAUGCUGCAAAAAUGAACGAAAAGGACCAUGUUGUUAAUGCAAUAUGGGUUCUGAUGCAGGAGCAUCAGACCGAUGUCGAUGGAGCUAUGCAGAUCUGUCGCAAGCUCAUUGUGGACCACGUCGCAAAGUACCUCGAUGUUAUUGAGGCGACUAAGAACGACGAAUCAAUUUCGCUCGAUCUCCGCAGGUACCUCGACGCCAUGCUCUAUAGUAUCUCCGGAAAUGUGGUCUGGAGUCUGGAAUGUCCGAGGUACAACCCGGACAUCAAUUUCAACGAGACGCAGCGAGAAUGGAUGCGGCUGGGGGUGCCGCCACGGCCAGAGGUAAACGUGAAGAUCGUCUCGGACAGGCCCGGGUUUUCAGCUGUUGCAAAUGAUUCGGACUCCACGGUCGAAAGCGACAAGAGUGGAGAUACGGAACAAAACUCUUCGCCGUUUAGUGUCUCGGACUAUUCGUUGAGCCGGAAGAGCUCCGCCGCAUCACAGCAAACUCAUACCCACACAGUAUUCGAGGCGUAA